AUGAUGAAUGAAUUGCCUUCGUUGAUUCGAAAGAGUAGAUGUGAAAACGACCAAUGCUUGAUUCCUCUAGUGGAAACUUCAUCAUCAAAAUUAUCUCUAAAUGUGUACGAAAAUGAGUUUCAAAUACAACGUGAAAUUGAAGAUAAUUUGAAAACUUACAAAGAAACCUGUUCCUACUGUGGAAAUGAAAGGAAUGUAUCAACAGAAAUUACAACUCAUUUAUUUAUCGAAAUCACAUCACUUCCUAAACAUCUAGAAGCAUCAACAAGUAUUAACAUAGACACAAUUCCACUUGAUUUAGUUAAACAAAACUAUGCUAAAGCCAUUUGUUGGUCAUUACUGGACCUCACUACAAAUAUAGUUUUGAAUUCUAAUGUUUAUAAGCUAAGAGGAGCGGUAAUCUUUCAUGGUGGUGAAAGAUGUGGGUUACGAGCAGCUACUGGACACUAUACAACUUGUGCAUUAAGGAGCAAUGAAAAGUGGGAGUCGUAUGAUGACACAAAACUCAAUGUAACUAGUUCUUCAACAACAAGGAAAAAAGAUAUGAACUUUUAUUUUACAGCCUUUAACAAAACAUGUAUUAUGUACCAAUCUUUUAUUAAUGUUUUAUUCUAA